AUGACAAAAAUCAAGACACUUCUGACGACUUUUUGCAAUAGCAAGGCUAUCAUCCACUAUAAAUUCGUGCCAAAUGGAGUAAGUUUCAACGACCAGUUUUAUCUGACCGUUUUGGGGUGCUUGUGGGAACGAAUUAUUUGCACCAGGCUGGAAUAUUACGAGCCAGGCAGCUGGUUCCUGCUGCACAGCAAUACGCCGGCUCACAAGAGUAUCGACGUGCUCAGCUUUUUGGCGCAAAAACGAAUCUGCAUGCUCGCGCACCCCCACUCGCCCGACUUGACGUCUUGCGACUAUUUCCUAUUUCCGAAACUUAAAAUAUCGCUGAAAGGACGGCAAACUCUGACCGUGUUACUCUGUCUGGAGACGAUACCGAAGGAGGACAUCCAUCAGUUGUUCCAAGAGUUGGUCGAACGUGCCACUCACUGA